AUGCCGCGCAAGCCUACACCCGCGGGCAAGCAGAGGGUUAGGACGGGCUGUUUGACGUGUCGCAAGCGGAGAAGGAAAUGCGAUGAGCAGAAGCCGCGAUGUGCUAACUGUGAAGUCAAAGGAUUCACUUGCAAAUAUGGAUCUGACUUGGCUUUUGUACCACCGAGAUCUGGGCAGAUGACAGCUGGGGCUGCGAGGCAGGUGUACAGCUCCAUUACUUUUGUUGACGACUCACCAGUAGCGCAUGCAUCUGGCGACAAAGACAAGUCAGGACAACAAGAAUCUUUGCAAAGCCAGGGGCUCAUACACCCUUCCCCGGUUCAACCGAAUGAAGCGCGAUUUGAGAAUCCUGUGGGGAUAGACAACAUCCUUGGCUCUAACGACUCUAUACAUUAUACAGAGCCAUCGACCUUGCAAAGUAGCUCAGACUUGGUGUUAGGUGGCGAAGAUCACAGAGCCCCUGUCCCAUAUCAUGGCUCUCUCGGCUUUGCUGCAAGUUACCAGAGACUAGUAUACAGGCCUACAACUGCAAGCGCGAGUUAUGAGACGGACCUAUUGCGCCACUUUCGCUAUCAUGUUGGCCCCUGGAUGGAUACCGGCGAUUCGAACUGUGCACUUGGUGUUCAAGUUCUGCUUCUUUCUCGAUCGAAUCGAAUUUUACAAUCUGCUGUCUGCGCAUUAUCUGCAGGCCAGAGGUCGCUGAUAUCACUCAAUUAUAGCGAAGAUAUUGCCAAUAUUUUGCGAUUUAGAAAAGAAGCAGAAGAUACAAAUAGUCUUCACCCUGACCUUGAAACUCACGCGGGGAAAGCGUUGCUUCUGCUUCAGGAACUCUUGCCAGCUGGUUUGCAACAGUGGAGGAAUUUGAUGUCGCCUCACACUGAUUAUGGAGCUGGACUUCUGUCGCCGACCGACCUUACGCUUGACCUUGGGGGAUCGCUAUUCUGGCUCUACUUUCGACUCGAUCUUGCAGCUUCAAUAUCGGCCUAUAAGUCACCAAUUCUUCCAUUCCGUACAUUUCUUCAACGAGACGGCUCUCCUAUACACCCUUCAUCAUCCACUAUACCACGAAGCAAUGUCACCAGGUUUCAUCAACAUGCAUUAUGUCUGCUAGGCCACUGCCUUGCUUUAAUAUAUGGAGACUCGGAUGUCCCCUCUCCACCAACCGCCGGCUCCCCAGAUUUAACAGCCUUCCCAUCUCUUCGACAAUCUCAUUUCCUCUCGCAAUGGACCUUUCUCUGGACAGACUGUCAAAAAUGGUAUAACGAGCGUCCAGUUGAUGCUCAACAGAUUGUGGAAGUGCGAGGGGGCGAAGCAGAUCAAAUUGAUCCACAUCACGACUCGUCAUUCCCUAUUUUGGUAUACACUACACCCAUGGCGCUGGUCGCUAAUGCGGUUUAUCAUAUUACCUCCCUCUUGCUUCUUACCCAUAAGCCACGGCUUUUGAAAUCCCUUCCUGGUCCGCGCUGCUUUACUUCCCAUAUCUGGCAUGCGCAGUCAAUCGCUGGAAUUGCAGCUAGCAAUGACUCACCGGAGCAAUGGGAUCCGAUUCUUGUGGCAAGUAUGUUACUAAUUGCGAGGGAAAUGACGCACGAGUCUCAGCAGGCUGUUUUGUUGGACUUAUUCAAGAGAAUCACGGCUACUACCGGGAUUAAUCUUGAGCGCGAAACCGAAUCGCUGAAAGCCGCUUGGAGAAUUGCACGAUACGAUGAAGAUCCAGAAGAGAAUGACCUAUGA